UUGAAAGUGACACACUCUGAUUAGAAACCGGUCGCUGUUCAACCAGCGCCGUGAAACUGCACCUCGGACGCUUCUCGGUCAGCUCUGUGUUUCAUUUGGUGUUUUUAUCUCUCCUCUUCCUCACCGGAUUGCGUGUUUUUGUUCGGCGCGGUUGUUUUCCCGGCGACACUUUUGCGCUUUUUCUUUCUUUCUUUUUUUGUUCCGUUUCUCGUCCUAAGAUGAAGCCAGGCAUUCAGGGGAGAGCAGACGCCGCACUGUGAGCGCUGAGGCGCACAGAAAGGAGGACGAGCGAGGGCAGAAAAAGUGCAGAAAAAGUAACUAGUGUGCGGCGCGCGCGCUCCGGUCCACAAACACCACGAUCCACAACAACACCGCCGCCGCCGCUGCUGCGCGCAAACUCUCAGUGCCAUCCUUCCACUUCUCCACACACACCCACACACACACACCCACACACACACACCCACACACAUACACACCCACACCCACACACUGCCACCGCCGCCAGCAGUCACUAACUUCUGUCUCCCCGGAUCUCCGCCCCGGCUCCGGGUCCAGACUCACCGCAGCGCCUCCAGGAGCCGAACCAAAGCCCAGCCCUGGAUUCAAUACUCCUGAUCAAUGGACAGAGCCUCGUCAGCGGCCAGCAGCGCUACAGACACGCCGUAAACAGCUCGUUCUCUCUGGCUGAGUCUCCUCUGGGGGUCUGGAGGAGGAUGGAGCGAGGAGGGGAGAGUCCCAUCACCCAGGACAGUCCUGAGCGGAGAGCCGGCAGCCCGGACCUCGGCGGCCUGCCGCCUCCCGGGAAGAAGAGCCGGCUGGAGCUGAACGGCAGCCCCACCAGGCCACGCUUACGCCACAACGGAGCCCCGCUGAGACCCCUUGGAGGUCUGAUGAUCCCUGUCUUCUGCGUGGUGGAGCAGUCGGACGGAGGCAUCCAGGCGGAGGGCUGCGAGGGCAGGGAGGAGCACGCCGAGUUCGUCCUGGUCAGGAAGGACAUCCUCUUCUCCCAGCUGGUGGAGACGGCUCUGCUCGCCCUCGGCUACUCCCACAGCUCGGCCGCUCAAGCCCACGGCAUCAUCAAGGUCGGGCGAUGGAACCCUCUGCCCAUCCACUUCCUGACCGACGCGCCCGAGGCGACCGUCGCCGACAUGCUGAUGGAGGUCUACCACAUGGUCACGCUGCGCAUUCAGCUGCAAAGUUUCUCGAAGCUGGAGGAUCUGCCCUGCGAGCAGUGGAACCACGCCACCGUCAGGAACGCUCUCAAAGAGCUGCUGAAGGAAAUGAACCAAAGCACUCUGGCCAAAGAGUGCCCUCUAUCACAGAGCAUGAUUUCCUCCAUCGUGAACAGUUCCUACUACGCCAACGUCUCCACUGCCAAAUGUCAAGAGUUCGGUCGUUGGUACAAGAAGUACAAGAAAGUCAAAGUGGUUUACUUGGAGAAGAUGUGGUCGGGCCGAGAGGCUGCCGACAUCAAAAUUGAGAGAGACAACAUGUCAGAUUUCUGUGUUCUGGGUCAGAGACCCCCUCCUCACCUCGCCAGCCUGGCCCAGCUUGGUCACCUGGGCGCCGGCAGUCCGCUCCUGAAAGCCGGAUCUGGAGAUCCACAGGCGCCCUCGCAGCCGUCCCAGCAGCCCCCUCCCCCUCCCCAGCAGCAGCCCUCGCCCCACGGCCCCCUCCACCACAGCCCUCCCCUCCGUACCGGACAGGUGCCGCCUCCUCCCCCGCCGCCUCCGCCCGGAGCCCUGCAGCCCCUGCUGGGGCCAGGUGGACUGCUCUCCCCCCAGCUCUCCCCGCAGCUGGUCCGCCAGCAGCUCGCCAUGGCCCACCUCAUCAACCAGCAGCUGGCCGUGAGCCGCCUGCUGGCCCACCAGCACCCGCAGGCCCUCAACCAGCAGUUCCUCAACCACCCGCCCAUCCCUCGGGGCUCGUCCAAAGCCGGGGGCGACCAUCCCGGGAGCAACCCCUCGGCCGCCGAGGUCUCCUCUGAGAUCUACCAGCAGGUCAGAGACGAGCUGAAGAGAGCGAGUGUCUCUCAGGCCGUCUUCGCCCGUGUGGCUUUCAACCGCACACAGGGUUUGCUCUCAGAGAUCCUGAGGAAAGAGGAGGACCCUCGCACGGCCUCACAGUCUCUGCUGGUCAACCUGAAGGCCAUGCAGAACUUCCUCAACCUGCCCGAGAGCGAGCGGGAUCGGAUCUACCAGGAGGAGAGGGAACGCACCAUGAACCCCUCCGUGGGCCUCCCGGCCUCCAACUCCUCCAACGCCGGCCCUCCACGACUCACACAGAAGGUGUGGGAGAGGAGCCUGGACGACCAGCUAACACCUGAUACCUGGGCCUCCAUCUGGAAGAACAAGACAAAGAUCUCCAACUCCCCCAAGCCGCCCGGUCCGGUGUCCGACCUCCCACUGAAGCUGGAGUCACUGGUCAACAUCACAUCUGGCAUUUAUGAAGAAAUUCAGCAGGAGAUGAAGAGAGCCAAAGUGUCCCAGGCUCUGUUCGCAAAGGUGGCUGCCAACAAGAGCCAGGGCUGGCUGUGCGAGCUGCUUCGGUGGAAGGAGAACCCGAGCCCAGAGAACCGCACUCUGUGGGAGAACCUGUGCACCAUCCGGAGGUUCCUGACGCUGCCGCAGGCCGACCGCGACCUGGCGUACGAGGAGGAGUCCCGGCACCACCACAGCGAGAGGCUGCACACCGUCCUCCACCUGCCGCAGGACACACAGAUGUUCUGUCUUUCUCGCCAGGCACUUCACCGGCCGCCCCCAGCCCCGAUGAAGGAGCACCACCUGUCCCCGAUGCGUGAGGAGCCCCUGUCGUCCCCUGUGAAUGAGGAGCGGACGCAGAACGUGGGCGCGGGAGCUGCAGGCGGAGGUCCGGCCGGCACCGUCAGCAGUGGCGGGAGCAACAAGAAACCUCGAUCGCGCACCAAGAUUUCAUUGGAGGCCUUGGGCAUCCUGCAGAGUUUCAUCCAGGAUGUGGGCUUGUACCCAGACCAGGAGGCCAUCCACACCCUGUCUGCACAGCUUGACCUCCCAAAACACACCAUCAUCAAAUUCUUUCAAAAUCAGCGCUAUCACGUCAAGCACCACGGCCGCCUCAAGGAGCUGGGCGAGGGCGCCGCCGCCAGCGGAGGGGUCGACGUCAGCGAGUACAGAGAGGAGGAGCUGCUCUCCGGCUCGGAGGACCCAGAGUCCAGCGAGGACGGGGCCGAGGAGAUCUACCAGACCACGGAGGGGAGCGGCGGGAGCACGGCGGGGCUGAACCAGACCCCCGCCUCCUCCAGCUCCAACUUGUUAGGGACCGGCGCAGCUCAGGAGGAGGGCAAGGACAAGGGGCACAGCCGGAUCGGCGGCCCCGGGGCCCCCGGCAGCUCCUCGUCCAGUCCCAGAGAACAGGCCGACUACCAGAGGUAGAGACCGACGACCACACAGGCGAGGAAAGAGGUCAAAGAAGGGGAAGAGAAAAACCGAUGGUCCUCGAUAGUGACGAGAGGAAUCUAUCCAAGGACGGCCGCUUCUGCCGGCACAUUCACCACGAAACCCUUCAACUGUAAUACUGAAGACCACACAGAGAGCUUAUCGUGACAAUCCUGGAGCUGCGGAGUGAAAUUACCUCAGUUCGAGUCGUCAGGUUUUUCAUUGUGCUGCGACGUACAACUGUGAAAUACAGUCUCCCCAGAAACACUAGAAAGACAGAGUGCUGCAGGAAUGAUUCCCUCUGGCAGAGGUGAGCCUCACCUUGGUUUCCUCGACUGACAGAUGCCAGCGGGGUUUAGGAUUUGAAGCCCGAAGAAGUUAAUUUAUAGAUAAAUGUGAUAGGUUUUUGAUUUUGCUUGCUUCAAUAAAUCACAGAAAUUGGUGGUUUAACAAGAGGAAUGCUACACACAGAUUUUCUGUUGCUGUUGUUUCUUAUUUGAACUGUUUAAAAGCACUUAAAAGUGAGAGUUGGAGCAGCUGAAGAUGCAGUUAAAAGCCUUCAUUUCAACUUUAAAUGAAGAAGGUCCUAACUCUACUUUGGUCACCACGUUUUUACAGGUUGUGUUCUUGAGCAAGGCACUUUACCACACUCUAGCAUUUCUAUAGGAAUCAAAUGUUGCCAUUAUUUUGAACAUAUUCAGGACGCAUGAUGAUAUUUUUGAAUUGAGUACCUGGUCUAAAGACUGUGGCAGCAAAGCACAACAUGAGUGACAGCUCACAGCAUCAUUUGAGAAGAUUCGAUUGAUGAUUCAAAACACGUAAAUGAACUGUCAAAAUUUUGACCGUAUUUCAUGCAUCUGAUAAAACAAAAAAUAGCAGAAUGAAGGAAUCGGGUGAGAAAAAUGCCAACUUCAUCUUGAAUGUAUUCCUGCAGCUCUCUGUUUAAACAUUUCCAACAUGAAUCGUUGCUGCUCAACACCAAAACAAUCACAUAAUGAACCAAUCGGAACAAGACACUCCAAGGAGACGCGGCGUUCCUGCACUCCGUCUCCACAGUCUGAGUAAGACAGGACCUGACUCCCGACGCACGUCGGGUCGGAUUUGUCCUGGACAGCGACUGAACCUUGAGGCCUUCAGAGACCUCCACGAUCCAAGGAAUCCUCAGGACACAAACACAACGCAAACUCAAGCUUUACGUCCUCUUUCCCUUUUCAUUUUAGCACUUAUGUUUUCCAGUGACAUUGACAUUUUCGCCGGAGGUGCCGCACUCUUGCCUCCCUCCUUUUUUCCCCCCACUGGUAGCGGACAAUCUGGCAAAGAGGACGAAGAGGAAGUGGCGUGGAGGGACGCUCGGCAAACUGGACCCUUCUCGUCCUGGCACCGCAUGUGUGCGGCGAGAAUAAAUAAAUGAAAUAUAUUAAGGAAAAAAAAAAAAGACAGAGCAAAGAUUCAGCAAGCAAACAAUCAGUCACU